CCCUGCUACUGAGCGAAGGUGCGGGCGCACUGGUGGUGCGAGAGCAUGGGCGGCAGCCGCCGAGCGAGGGUGGCAUGGCUUGGGCCUGGGCCUGGGCUCUGGGAGCAUGGGCAAACCGCAAACCCAGCCAUGCAGCACGGCGCACCGCUUGCUUCGCUCGCCACUAAGGAUGCAAGUGGGCGCGUUUAGGCAUGGUCAUGGUGCAUGCUCCUCAGGGCUCGAUCACCCUGUCAGCAGCGUAUGGCUUGAGCCCAUCAAAUGUAGUCCCAUGGACCCCUCUGAAUUUCAGUUUCAGUUUCAUCAUGACCGGUUCCCAAUUCACAGCCCGAGUACGGAGAAGUUAAACAUCCAUCUUUGGGUCAUCCAGGUGCGACCAUCACGCACCGGGAGAUGUGCCCGAGGCAUUGCAGCAGAGCCUGGACGAUUUGCAGCUUGACUACUUGGACCUUUACCUUGCACGCACCUUUCUUGCAUCUCAACAUUUCAGUACCCAACUUUUUUUUUCGCAUGUCGAUCGAAUUGUUUUUGCACUUUAGCAUGUCGACCAAACUGUCUCUGCAGUUUAGCAUGUCGAUCAAAAAAAUAUAUACACAAGUGUGCACUUUUGUAGAUCCAUUGGCCAUUCAAGCUCAAGAAGGGAACCAGCCUCUUCAGCCCUGAAAACUAUGUUUCGCCUGACAUCCCGGCUACAUGGGAGGCAAUGGAGAAGCUAUACACGAUGCUGGCAAAGCCAUAGCUUUGGAAAUCUUGUUUUCCUGCGAACUCGAUAAACUUUGGCAUCGUUUUCUUGGUUUCUUGAUUCGAUUUUUUUGGCGCAUGCGAUGCGACCUGUGUCUACCCGUUCUGCAUCCUCGUGAUACGCUGAGUGGCAUCUCCCCAUCUGGCACAUACUAUACAGGCUAGGCGCGACUGACAUGCGGGCCCCGCUAUUCGGCAUCUUUUGGCUCGUUCUCCUUUUGGCCCGCGCGCCCCACUGACCACCAUGGCAGUUUGCGUCGCGUUGUCGUGGGAGUCUGUCUAGUCUUCACCCCUCCCUGUCAAGUGGUUCCAAACCGUGCCCCAGCUCGAUUCCCACCACCGUCGGUCUCGGCGCCGGAGAGGAAAGAGGAGGAGAGCAAGAGGAGGAAGGACAUGGCCACCUAUUUCACGCUCAACACCGGCGCCCGCAUCCCCUCGGUGGGGCUCGGCACCUACAAGGCCGGCCCCGGCGUCGUCGGCGACGCGAUCGCCGCCGCCAUCAAGGCCGGGUAUCGGCACAUCGACUGCGCGCCCCUGUACAACAACGAGGAGGAGAUUGGUGUUGCUCUGAAGAAAGUCUUCGAUGACGGCGCCGUCAAGCGAGAAGACCUGUUCAUCACCUCCAAGAUAUGGUGCAGCGAUCUCGCACCCGAAGACGUUCCGCUGGCAAUCGACAGCACUCUGAAUGAUUUGCAGCUGGAUUACCUUGAUCUGUACCUGAUCCAUUGGCCCUUUCAGAUAAAGAAAGGCAGUGAAAUCAGUCCUGAGAACUUUGUCCAGUUUGAUAUGCCCAAGACUUGGCAAGCAGUGGAGAAGUUGUACGAUUCAGGCAAAGCUCGCGCGGUCGGCGUGAGCAAUUUUACGAUGAAGAAGCUGGCCGAUCUGCUUGCUAUAGCCCGUGUUCCUCCUGCCGUUAAUCAGGUGGAGUGCCACCCCGGCUGGCAACAAGCGAAACUCAGAGCGUUCUGCCACUCCACUGGAGUACACUUCUCUGCGUAUGCGCCUCUAGGCAGGAUGAAAGUCGUUGCGAAUAACCCGCUGGUGACAUCAAUAGCCGAGAGCUUGGGGAAGACUCCGGCGCAGGUUGCUCUACGGUGGGGGAUUCAACAGGGUCAGAGCGUGCUUCCUAAAAGUGCCAAUGAGUCAAGGUUGAAGGAGAACAUCGACCUGUUUGGUUGGUAUAUUCCUGACGAACUGUGUGCCAAGUUUUCUGAAAUUGAACAGGUUAAGCAAAUCAGAAACGAUUCAUUCGUGCACCCGCAGAGUAUGUACAAAACAAUUGAGGAGCUGUGGGACGGUGAGAUCUAAAUGAAAAUCAUCACCGGUAUGAAAUCGAAUCCGUGACCAGAGUUGACAUUCAUGCCACGAAAUAGGCACACUUUUGUCUUAGAAGGGGAAAUAAAGAAAGAAAUGCUCCCUCUGUUCUAACGUUCUAAAUAGUAGGCCAGUUUAAUUUUGUUUUAAGUCAAGCUUUAACAAAAAAGAAAGAGCAUA